AUGCGUCUAAAAGUAUAUAUUUUUGUUUAUUCCUUUCUAUACGGCUUAAAGGGAUUAACAGUUCAAUCGUCUUCAGUUCAAUAUCAUAAAUCUACAAACAGUUUAUCAGAAAACUCAAAUCCUUUGACUUCAAUCCCAGUUUUGACGAGGAGGCCAGCAACUGAUCCCUCCGAUUCUACAAAUGAGUUAACAAUAAACAAUGUUAAAAGUGAUGCCACUUCAGGGAAAGAUUUGGUAUAUACACAUAGAGGUGCUGAAUCAAUUUCUACAGCACAUUCUUUAGAUUCAAACAACGACGUAUCUGCGACUGAAGCACUGGCCGCGGAGAUCCAUGAAAAUGGAAGAGAUAUCGAAACAAGUACAAUGGAUCAGAUUGACGAUUACACACACAGUAUAAAGACUGAAAUACUGACAACAGAGGCCCUUAGAAAUGGACAUUUCAGUGAAACUAGUAAAAUAGAUGAGACUGAAGAUUCUUCGCAAGGCAAAACAUCUGAAACAGACCAGGUAACAUACCACACACCUUCGUCCGCCAAAGUGGGGUCAUUUGAGGAUUAUUCUAGCCAAAUGCCAGUUACAGGAAUCGACCCCAAUAUUUCAAAUAUCCAGAAAACUACAAUGUUAAGUGGGAUUAGUGACAGUAAUACAAAUUUAUACACAUCAAAAAAUAGGUUGACUGAAGAAGAAGGCAUGACUAUAAAAACAGAUUCUACAGAAAGACGGGAUGAAAUGACUGCAGAUUACACGAUGAUUAGUAAGAAUCCAAGUACAGACGCAGCUGUAGCAUCAUCCCCAGUAACAAAUGUUCAAGUUACAUAUGAAAUUGACGCUUCUGCCUCGCUGUCAUCCAAACAAAAUACAGACCCUACAGACGGAAUAAAACGCAGCGCAGACAUUGGUUUGACAACUACUUUAUCACUUCAAGGUGACACAGAUAAAAUCAGUGCUGGUUUUACAUCAACACAAGAUAUUGAAAAGGAUACAUUUACAACACAAAGUAACGACGCCACGCACAAGCCGGAAAAUGACGACCUUACUAUCAUAUUUACGACAGAGAUGGAUGACUUAAAAAGUCAGAAACAUAAUUCGGUUACUACUCUGGGUGUUACCACAGGAGCUGCUUCUGACAAUACAAUGAAAGACAAUAUAUUUGAAAGUGUUGAAUCUACAGACGCGUCUGGUGAUUCAGAUAUCAGUGUGUCAUUGCAGACCGAGAAUAAAGAAUUUCCAAACAGCACGAAAUCGAACAGCAAAGAUUUAAUAGCAACAAACUUUACUAAGGAUUUAGUUGAUAGUUCUUCUAAAUAUACAACGGAUUCAACCAGUAAACAUGAACUCUUUACCUUUGAUAAAACAAAUCAGUUUUCGUCAACACAUCUUGCACUGUCGGUUAGGCCGGCAGACUUUGCAACAAAUUCUCAUUCUUCAACAAUGACAACUGACGCAAUUAAACCUUCGGAUCAAACUUCCACUGAAUCACACGACGAAACAAGUUCUACGACAUACAAAACAGAACAGAAGACAAAAACGGAGGUACAGCAAACAUCAUUUUCUACAUCAACAACAAGCGAAACAGAAACAGCAAACAACUUAAGUAUCAUUAAUAAUCAUGAAAAUACAAUAUCAGCCAGUUACCCGAUCGGACCACAAAGUGAGACAACAGACAACGCUAAAUUCUCUGAAUAUACGACUGGCAAAAAGGAAACAGAAUACAUCAAGAACGCUGUACAAGAAACAACUUUUAUCCAGACAGACACAACAUCUUCAGAUAAAACUUCAUAUCCAUCUUCUUUCACCCCAAUAUAUAAGGUAAUUUCAAAACGCUCAUCUACAGUAUCUGUUCCUGCUUCUUCUAUGGAAGAUCAAACGCUUACAGGGUCAGUCGAAGGUGAAUCGUUUUCACCAGAACUUAAAUACAAAUCGACGAAAGAAUACCAAGAUAUUCUACUAAGGGACCUAUUGACUACAUCGUCUAACUUACAUCCUGAUUACGGAGACACGGAAGAAUACACAAAAGUGUCCUCAUCAGGUACAUUUGCACAAAAUACAAAACAAGCUGUUACUUUAAGAUUUAGAGAAUCGACAGUAUUUUCAUCUACAGUGUCCCAAAAUAACAACGAACUGAACUCAGAUGUAUCCAAAAGCCUUUUAACUACAGCAACGUCACUUCAUACACCGAUGAGCGAGGACAAAAUAGCCGGAAAAAUGACAAGAGACACGCCUACAAUUAUGUCAACCGUUGUAAAUAAUCUAAAAGGACAAACAACCACAGAUAGCAAUACCGUAACUUCAAAUGUUACUGAAAACAGUACACCAGAAGUCACGAUGGCAAAUAGGACAGCAAUUCAAGAAGGCAUUACUACUAGUAAUAGUAAUACAUCAAACGGAAUAGAACCUAUUGUAUCUCAGUAUAGAGGGACAUCUACAAGUGUUAUGUCAACGAUUUUGCCUAAUGAAAGACACACUUCCGACAAAUUAGAAACAGAUGCCAGUACACACAUAGCUACUGCAAAGACAGAUACACAGAAUUCCGAAAAAACUGAAAUUGUGAAAACGUCAACUAGAUCUGGAUUGCAACUACAAUCAGACGAAGAGAUUUUAGUUCAUUCAUUCACAACAGAUUCAUUGGCACACAUACGAAAUAACGAAGCGAACGCCGAUAUUUCUUUGCAGUCAAACUCUAUGACAACUACUGAUUACGACAUACAUACAACAAACAGACUUACGUUGAACACAAACCAAAAUAAUGGACGUUUAGGUGGUGCAAUUUCAUUGAGCAGCAUUACAACGCACGUGGAUUCUGAACCUAGUACUAAUACGCAAAGUUACAUAUCUCCAUUGAUGAGGUCAGACCAUUCUAGUAUGGGUGGAACAUCACAUUUCAUCAAUAAAAGAUCUUAUCAACAGUCAACUAAUCAGAAUCAGUUCACAAGUCAUGAUCAGAAAGAAUAUACCAUUUCAUCUCUUUCAUUUCUGACUAACACUAAAACAACUUCUUCAGAUUUUCAGGAGGUUAAUAACAUAGGCACAAUGGUUGUUACAACAACACAUUCUGAAAGUACAGCAAAGAGUUUGACAAACACACAUGCAAAAAGUACAGAAAAACAAUCGGAUAUAACUACAAUGUCGGUCGAAACUGCCACGACCAUAUCGAAAGAUAAAACAACUAAAACUGGCACUGAAGUCUUUAGCACUAGAAAUUCUGGAGGGAAAGAAACCGAUGCUUCAAACAUAACAGAAAGCACAUUACCAACUCAUAAUUUGCAAUCGAUCUACAAGACCGCGCCAGUCUCGGACACGAAUGGGAUGAAUACAACGCUACAAACUAAUGGCGCAUCUACAUAUAGUUUAGCAGCAAUGUUGAACACAUCAGAAAUUACAUCGCAGUCAAGCAAAAACAUGAUAUAUACUAACACAGAUAGACACUUCAUUACUGCAGGCGAAGAGCUCAGACAGACAACAAGUACAGACUCUUAUUUAGGAACUAAAGAUUCAUACACAACAGAAACAAUAAGAACAACGGCAUCAACAGACAGAACAGCUGAAGCUGCAAAUCCUACGAAUAUUACAAGUAAAAAACAAGAAGAAAUAGGUCCCGAAAAUGUUUUACAGGAAAAAUCAACAAUAGGGAAUGGUGUCCGCACGACAGAUAGAACGGAUAGAGUAGAAACAACAGAAAAUGAGGAUUCUCUAAUUAGUUUAGUCCAUGAAAAAAUUGGAACGACAGAUAUCCCGAUUAAUACGGUAACCGUAUUUUCAAAUUUACCAAAAACAGAAUCAUCAGAGGUGCUUUCGACAGUAAGCAAUGGUGGUUCAUUAGUACUAACAAACAGUUUAUCACAAGAAACAACUGGUUUUACUGAAUCAUUAAAACAUAUUGACAGUACUUGGACAGCUGCGACUACUAAAGCAAAAACUGAAACCAGUACGCCAGAUACUGUCCUUAGUACACACGCUGAUACAGAAAAAGAAGGAAUGGAGGUUCCAGCUUCUGUUUUUGAUGCACUAACAAUUUUAAACGGUGAAUAUACAACCACAUUGAAUGUACGUAAUAAUAUUACUGGAUCGACAACUAAGAAACCAGAGACAAAAGCAGAAACACAUUUACCUACAGCUACAGACAAGGAAACGGAAACUAAAUCGAACCAGUUAACAACCUCAGAUAACACAGUCUUGUAUUCGGAAAUUAUAAGUACAGACACAAUAGGGAAUACCUCGACAGAAACCUCUACAGCUGUUAAUGCGACAAAGGAAACACGUGCUUCAAAUACAGAAUGGUCUUCGAACUAUUUACGAACUACUUUGAUAAAUGAACAGACUUCUUAUGCAACUAUCAGUGAUAAACUAUCAGGGACAACAAAUGUAGCUGACAAAUUUGUAAGCUCCGGAGAAGAUGAAAUAAAUACAGUUUUAAUUACAAAUGCACCUACGAGUGAAACAGAAAGUGACUUAUCAUCUCCCAUAACAGACCAAAGUCAGGUCUCUGACGAUUUUAAGGAAUCCACAUCGAAGGCAGUCAAUAAGGAAACAACAACCGACAAAUCAAUAUAUGAACCAUGGCAAAGUUCACAGACGGCUAUACAAGACGAGACUGUUUCAUUUUCAUAUGUACAACGGGAAACAACAAAUACUUCUCCUGAUCUGAAAGACCACACCACACAUCGAUAUCAAACCAACAGUAUAAAGUAUGACCAACAAGACAUGUUGGGCUUGUCAUCAUCUCUGCCAGAUUCAGCUUCUUUGCCCACAAGUCAAAGCGACAGUCCCAAUGAUUCAUCUAUAGAGUUAAAUGAAAUCAAGACGACAGCGGCACACAGUCAAAGUAGUUCUACCUCUAUUUCUUCUGAAGAACUAUUAACCAGCAUUUCAUCGAAGCCAGAAAAAUCACAAGCAGCUGAUAUUGUUUCUACAAAAGUUAUUCUUCAUAGUACAACAAUUCCAUCUCCAGUGUCGGAUUCCUUUGUUUCUGUUCCAACCGUCUCUGCUGAAACCAACGAAUUAUCAGCUGUUUCAACAACUACACGAACUGCGGUUACGACAUCAGGAGAAGGUAAGACUAUAUCAUCAUUUAAUGAUAACAUUAGUAUUACUACCAAUGAUAAUUCCCGCGGAAUAUCUUUAUUUCAAGACGAUACAUACACGUUGUCAACCGAAUUUGAAGAAACCACCACUUUACCUAUAGGAACACAUACAGACUCAGACGAUACUAGUGUUACUAGCGCCAGAUCUACAACUUUAGACGGUUCUGAUACAUUGUCGUCUGUUCCAUUUGAAAGUAGUCCAGUUUCUGAAGAGGAUGACCAUGCUACUAAGGUGAAACGAUCAGCACCUGUCACAGACGUCAAAAAUUCUCCAUCUUCAGAGACAACUUUAACAGAAGGCACGUCUUCUGGUGUGAGCGAUAUUAUAUCAACAGUUUCCACUGCAUUUAAAUCGGAGUCGGAAAGACACUGGGUUACACAAAUGUCUUCAAGUGUGAAAGAAGAAGAGUCAUUUUACAGUCUAGAUUACAAGAGCAGUACAAUCGACAAUCAUGUUUUCACGGGUAGUUCGGAAGACACACGUAGUUUUUCUACUAAUGGUGAGGCAUUUGACAGUUCAUCUCUAGCACCGGAUACCUUCACGGUCACUAAAGGCUUUAAGUAUAGUGUGUCAACUGCUUCAUCUGAUAUUUUAUCUAUCAAUGCAGUAUAUGAAAGCACUUCAUCUCAAUCAAAAGAUACUGCUGGGACAAUAUUUACGUUUCAAGAUGGCAAAGAUAGUUCAGCUGUCAUUUUUCAUAGCACUGAUAGUUCACAAAUUACAUCGGUUACCGCACUUACCGAUUCAAAUCUCGACAGUUCUUCAAAAUCAGUUCAGGAAGAGAUAAGCAGUUCAUCUAUCACAGCAUAUACUAGUCAGAGUUCACCUUCUUUUCAAGGUUAUGAAGAUAAUAUACAUAAAACCGAUCAAACCAGAACCGAUGAUAUAUUAUCCGUGACUCCUCGAGCUUUAGAUUAUACCAGUGAUACAUCUGUCGGUCAAGCUUCAACAAACAUUCUAUCAACAGAGAAGGAUGGCACCGAUAAAAUUUCUUCAAAUCAUGAUUUAACAGAUAUAUCAACUACAUUCGGAUAUGAAACUGAAACAACCGUUGGGACUGUUGUAAUUCCUACAAAUGGCGAGAACAUUAAAUCAACUGGUAGUCAUGAUAACGGUAUAUUGACCACCGAUCAAUAUAGUGUAAGUACCAAAUUUACAAAUGAAGCUUCAAAAAGCAGUAAAUCUACAAUCUUAAAUGAAAAAGAAGGUACAUUUUCAAACCCAGAUGUAACAUACCACACUGAGCAAUAUAUUUCUGAUAUUCAAUAUAACACGAGUACUUUAUCCGAUACUUUUGACAUAACAAAAACUACAGCUUCAGUUCCAGACAAUACAGUUUUGGAUAGUAUUUACACUGGAUAUACAACACCUAGUACUAAUAAACAAAAUACCACUUUUGGAUCAAACACGCAAGACCCUGCAGUGACUCCACCGACAUUUCCAAAUGAAGCUAACACUCGGCAAACUGCUACAGAUAAUGUCCAAAUAGUCACAUAUCAAGGUACUACAAACACUGAAGUAGUCUCUGAAGAUAGGAAUACAAUCAUAUUUACUACUACAGACGGGGCAGGUGCUAUUUCAACAGUUUCAGAGAGCACCAGAACCACAUCUUCCGACGAACGAGGUACUGGUACUUUUUCGUCUGGUCCUGAUACUGUAUCUACAAGCAAAGUUGGCACAAAAAGCACAACACAAAAUUAUUUAAGUGACACAAACAGCUUCUCAAGUGAUCCAAAUGAGAAUGAAAACAAAUUUGAUACGAUUACUAAAAUUCCAUUUAGCACAGAAACGAUAUCUAAAACUGAACAUGGAAGUACUGUCAUUCCAGAAGAACUGCGCACAAGACAGUCAUAUUUAGCAAGCAAACAAAGUGUAACAACUUUCAAUCCUGGCGAUACCAGCAGUACAUACAUAACAGAAGCUACCACUGACAAUGUUUCAGGUGACGAAAGCACAAACACUGUGACAGAAGGACAUGGUAUUAAUCCUACCGUGUCAGAUAACAUCAGCACAGACCACACAGCAGAAGCUUUUCCUGACACUGUUUCAGAUAACGAAAGCACAAACAUUGUGACAGAAGAAGGACAUGACACUUAUCCUACUGUAUCAGAUAAUAUUCAUACAGCGCAAAUAUACACACAACCAACCAGUAAUACAGUUACUGUGGAAACUGAAUCUAAACAAACCUUUACAGACUAUACAAUUCUUUCAACAAUAUUUCCAAGUACCACUUCUCGUGAGGUCAAAGACAGUAAAAGUACAUUUUCGACUGAUUACAUAGAAACCAGUCCUAAAUAUGUACUCACAAAAGAUACAGUCUUCACAGUGCAAGAUGAUACUAAAUCAACAACUCGCGAUGAAAUAAGCGUUAUAUCAACUGUUCAUGGUAUGAAUAAGUCUGCAACUACGAUACACAGCAGUAGCACUGAAAAGACUCCUUAUCAUCUAAGCACAACAUCUAUGAAUUUAGACGAAAAUGCAGAUAUAUCUACAAGUUCAGAUGUCAAUAGAAAAUUCAAAACUGUUCCAGAUGGGCCAAGUACCACCCGAAAAUCCUCAUCGACAUUGGAAACAAGAAGUCUAGAAGUAACAAAGGAAACCAUUGGUCAAGAUGAAACCGAUAUCUUUACAAGUAAAGUUUCUGAUAUAACCAGUGCUUUGUAUACCAAUCAAGAAAUGGACAGUUUAACUACCACUGAUUCUAUUAAAGAAAGCCCUAGUACAUCUACUACCAUUGUUGAUUAUACGACCUUUGAAACAUCAGAUGUCAAUGACAUCCUUUCCUCUACAGAUCAAUUUGAUACCUACCAUAAAAAUAGUAAAACAAAUGACAUGAGCACAUCUGUAGCAGAAAGCGGAUAUAAACUAAGCCAAACAACUGUUCGCACGGAUAAAUCUAACACGAUAUCUACUAUGCAAACAAAAGUUUCUUUAAUGACAGUUAAAAAGAGUACAGAAUUAUCCAGUUCAGACAUCUACACCACAGCAUCAACCUCUUCACCCCUGCCUUUAGACAGCACAAUGAGUUUGUCUACAACAAACACCACCUCUGAUCCAACUGUUAUUUCCGAUAGCACAACCAGUUCUUUUUCAAAUUCUAAUACUAACACUACACCAUUUAUAAGAGAAAUCAAAAACACUAUAUAUACUGAUAUGAAAGACAUCAAAACUGCAACCACAGUUACUUACGGCAACAACAACAACACGGAUUAUACUAAUGCAGUCAAUAACAGCUAUAUCACCACAUCAAAAGGGGACUCAAACAUAUUUUCUACUUUUCCUGAUAAAGUUACUAACGGCGCAGAUUCAAUUGACGGUACUUCUUUCAGAAGCAAUUUAGAUUCCAAAGGUACAUUAUCUUCACUUUCACAUACAAUGCUCACAAAAACAACAACUCCAGGUGAAACAAACACAAAUCGUCUUGUUAUUCAUGAUGAUCAAAACACUAUAUCUACAAUGCAAGACAAUAAAGAUACGUUCUCUUCAGUAUCAGAUGGCAAUGCUAUUAUAUCCAGUAUUUCGAAAAGCUUCACCACAACAGGAGAAUACAUAACAGAAACUACAGCGUCAGAUGGCAACAAAGAAGUUAGAAAUUCAGAACGAACCACCAAUACAAAAGCUAUUCCAGACAGACACGGAAUAUGA